AUGAGUAUCUGUCAGUCUUCGAGAGAUUUCACCAUUCACCAUUGUUUCUACAAAUCGAAGACCCAUUUGAAAGGAGUACUAACGCUAUCAAAGACUCUACAAAGACUCUACAACAAUAAAGAGAAUUUGCCUGCUAAUCUUACUACGACUCGCGACAUCCCAUCAGACGGAGACACUAGAGCUGAGCGAUCGCUUCAUCCGACUGUGGAAUCAGACGACGAAGGAUCCAAAGGCAGCACAAGCCCUGCAACACCCAGCAGUGAUGCUGACCAGGUCGAUGAACUUACUUCCUCUCAUGAGGCAUCGGCACCCGAAAGUGCGAGUGGCGGAGGUGCUUCGACCAUGCCUGGCACUGGGUUUACCCAGUCCAGAAGUAAAGCGAUGGUACACGUACAGCCAUACAUCUCCGAUGGUGUUCAGCUCGACAAACAAGGUGACGAAGGUUGGUACAAGUGGCGAGAAGCUCGUUAUAUCAUUGGAGCUGUAGCAGAUGCUGAGGCCAAGUACGAUGCCGACCCCGUGGAAAGCUUCGCUGUAUCUGUUGACUUACGAGACAGACUCAGAAAUCGAAGUCUCCCAGGAAUCGAGUAUCGCCCAGAACAGUCUGUUGUGGCGUUCUUAUCGAAUAACACUAGGAUCCGAUUAGAAUCCUGGGAGACAGACUUCAACAAGGAAUUUGAAGAGAGAAAGAAAUCACAUGAAGGAGGACCGAAUUCUGAAUUAGCUGAUCAAAGCAAGAUGCAAGCCUUACAUGCGAAAUAUGGUCAGAGCGAAGUGUACAAACCGCUCAACAUGAGCCGAUAUGAAACUCAAAAUCAACAGAGAUGGCAAGAAGCUCGACUGACCAAUCACAAGACCGAAAAUGGUUCUCUCUAUUUCCGCGUCCAAGGUGAUCGCAGAGAAGACAGUGGGUCUGCAGCCCCCGAAGAGGAGGAACACGUUUACUUCGCUGUGUGUUUAUGA